AUGGAGAAAUUCAAGGCUGCCAUGGUUCUGGGUGCAGUCGGUGAUGCCUUGGGCUACAGAAAGGGCCGUUGGGAAGGCUGCACCUCAGGCAAGAAGAUCCAAGAGGAGCUGGCUUCUCUGGGGGGACUAGGGGCCCAGAAACUGGCCCCUGAUAACUGGCCCCUGAGUGAUGCAACGCUGAUGCACAUGACAACAGCAGAAGCACUUGUAACGGAUUACUGGUGUAUGGAGGACCUGUACCGGGAGCUGGUGCGUCUCUAUGUUGAAGCCAUGGUGUCUCUUCAGGGCAGAGCCCCCGAUCCUGCCACAGUGGAGGGCUGUGUUCACCUCAAACCUCAUAACUUCCUGCUUGCCUGGCAUACACCUUUCAAUGAAAAAGGGUCUGGGUUCGGGGCGGCUGCCAAGGCCAUGUGUGUGGGUAUGAGAUACUGGCAACCUGAGAGACUAGACACCCUGGUGGAGGUCAGCGUUGAGAUUGGCAGAAUGACCCACAACCACCCAACAGGCUUCCUAGGCUCUCUGACAACGGCAGUGUUUGCCUCCUAUGCGCUCCAGGGGAAACCUCUUGUGACUUGGGGCCGUGAGCUCAUGAAGGUCAUUCCGCGGGCUGAGGAGUACUGCAGGAAGACCAUACGACACAUGGCAGAGUAUCAGGAAAACUGGUUCUACUUUGAGGCCAAGUGGCAGUUUUACCUGGAAGAGAGAGAGAUAGAGAAGGAAGGACAGAACAAACCUUCGUUCCCUGAUCACUAUGACGCUGAGGAAACAGACAAGAUGUAUAAGCGUUGGAGCUCAGAGGGCCGUGCAGGCCGGAGAGGUCAUGAUGCCCCCAUGAUAGCCUAUGAUGCCCUUCUAGGGGCAGGAAGUGACUGGGCUGAACUGUGUAAACGGGCCAUGUUCCAUGGAGGUGAGAGUGAAGCCACAGGCCUGAUCGCAGGUUGUCUCUACGGCCUCCUUUUUGGCCUGGGCCAGGUCCCCCCAGGCCUGUACCAGGAUUUGGACAAAAGAGAGCAUCUGGAGGAGCUGGGAGAAGCGCUUUACAAAGCAGCUUCUGCAGAGAAGUGCAUAGACAAACCAGAUUCUCGGAAAACCAGCAUCAGCCCUGAUGCCAGUAUGUUGAGGAAGUUGGUUAGAGACCGCAACUGCCGUCCUGUCCUCCGAGGGAUUCUGGAGAGUCUCCUGCAUUACCUAACACAGGAUCUGCCCAAGUGGACAACCAGAAACAGAACCCUGGGGAAGCCAGGGUCGGAUGUUGUAGUUGAAACAAACACAAGGAACACAGAUUGGACUGAUCAGAGAAUUGAGGCUUCAGUGAAGGAGAUUCAACUUCAAAGAAGUUGCACUAUUGUUCCCGAAGAACUUAAAAAGACCCUGGGAAAGACUGCUGAGACAAGUUCCCUGAUCCCUGAAAAAUGCCGGCCAGAUCCACUAAAAAACAGCUUGCCAAGAAGGUAUGGAGGAGAUCAAAGAGCAGGAGACUUAAUAUCCCGGCGCCUUACCACAUUCCAUCUCCUCCAGUCCAAAUUCAUAAGGACCACCCCCAAACCUCCCAUCACGCACCAGAGGGAGGUAGGAACUCUGUCCUCUGGCAGAGGAGUGGGAAGUAAUGUGGACCAAAGCCAAGACAGUGAGCAUGACAUGCAGAAGAAUGGCCAGACAAGACGAGAACAAGGACUUAAGAAGGGGAGCUGUGUGAAAGAUAUUGUGGCUAAGUUUACCAAGGCUGAGCUAAAGGAAAAGGGAGAGAACAUGCUGAAGAAACAGCCAACCAAGCCGAGACUCAUUGGAAGAGGGAUCCUCCUAUCUUCCUUGAUGGAGAGGUUUGAAACGAUGGCCACGAGAGGACAUUCCCAGAACAGCACAGGCUUCUCCCACAGGUAG